UCUGAGGUCCAGCCCCCUCUCAGUAGCACUCAGUGCCAGAUCUCAGGGAGGUAGUGUCAUUCUCACAACAGCUCGCAUUACUGAGCUGAAAGGCAGAGAGGCAUGGGUUGGGGGGAGAAUGUUCCUGUGCUGGGGCUGAGGACAGGGCUGAAGAUGGGGCAGUGUCUGCUGUCCCUGCUGUACUGCCUGGCCCUGUGUCCGGGGACCGUCCAGGGGGACAAGGUCUUGGUGAUGCCUGUAGAUGGGAGCCACUGGCUGAGCAUGAAGCUGCUGGUGAAGGAGCUGGCGGCCAGGGGCCAUGAGAUGGUGGUGCUGGUCCCUGAGACAUCCAUUCUCAUCCAGGGCUCUGACUACUACAGGACUGAGACCUUCAGGGUCCCCUACAGCAAGGCCCAGCUGGACGAGAGCGUCAACAAACUGAAGGACGGCGUGUUUGUCAAGAUGCCGGAGGUAAUGGAUAUAUUUGUGAACGUGCAGCGGCUGGUUGACUUCACCACCAUGCAGGUGAAAGGCUGUGAGGGUCUGCUGUAUGAUGAACCCCUGAUGCAGCGCCUCAGAGGAGAAGGGUUCCAGCUGAUGUUGACGGAUCCCUUCCUACCCUGUGGAUCCAUCAUUGCUGACUCCUUCAACAUCCCAGCAGUGUACUUCCUGAGGGGGAUCCCCUGUGGGCUGGAUGACAGGGCUGCCCAGUGCCCUACUCCCCCCUCCUAUGUACCACGCUUCAACUCAGGCAACACUGACCACAUGGACUUCCUAGGGAGGUUGAAGAACAUGAUGAUGUACAGUCUGGAGAGCUACCUGUGUACCUUAAUGUUUGUCAGCUUUGACAAGCUGACCAGUAGGUAUCUGGAGAAGGACAUGACAUACAGGGAGCUGCUGGGUCACGGUGCUAUUUGGUUGCUGAGGUAUGACUACUCCUUUGAAUAUCCCAAACCCAGGAUGCCCAACAUGGUCAACAUAGGAGGCAUCAACUGUGGUAAAAGAGCUCCACUGCCACCGGACCUGCAGGAGUUUGUGGAUGAGUCAGGAGAGGAUGGCUUCGUGGUCUUCACCCUGGGCUCUUUGGUCUCCCAGAUGCCAGAGGAGAGAGCCAAGCAGUUCUUUGAUGCCUUCAGCAGGAUCCCUCAGAGGGUUGUGUGGAGGUACACAGGGGUGGUGCCUGAGAAUGCUCCAGCCAACGUCAGAAUGAUGAAGUGGCUUCCUCAGAAUGAUUUGCUGGGCCACCCCAAGGUCAAGGCCUUCAUCACCCAUGGCGGAACCCACGGUAUUUACGAGGGGAUCUGUAACGGCGUUCCCAUGGUGAUGCUGCCAUUGUUUGGUGAUCAGGGUGACAACGUACACCGCAUGGCAGUGAGGGGAGUAGGGGAGGUGCUCAGUGUGUUCGACGUCACCUCAGACAAACUAGUGGAGGCCCUCAACAAGGUCAUCAAUGACAAGAGUUACAAGGAGAAGAUGCUAAAGCUGUCAACGGUGCAUAAGGACCGUCCCAUUGAGCCGCUGGACCUAGCCGUGUUCUGGACAGAGUUCGUGAUGCGCCACGGAGGAGCCGACCACCUGAGACCCGCUGCUCACGAUCUGAACUGGAUCCAGUACCACAGUCUGGACGUGUUUGCUCUGCUACUUACUAUAGUUCUCACUGUUGUCAUGGUCACCGUUAAAUGCUGCAAAGUCUGCUUCCGCAAGUGCUGUGGAAUGAUUUGGACAAUGAAGAUGAAGAGACCUGAGCCCUAGGACCAUACGUCGGGACUACCGGCCGUGGUGACUCCUUGCUGCCCCCAGUCCGCCUGGCCUUGCUGCUAUUCCAGUUUCAACUCUUCUGCCUGCGGUUAUGGAACCCCUACCUGUCCCAGACCUGCUGUUUUCAACUCUUAAUGAUCGGCUAUGAAAAGCCAACUGAGAUUUAUUCCUGAUUAUUAUUUGACCAUGCUUGUCAUUUAUGAACAUUUUGAAAAUCUUGGCUCUCUCUAAUUUUCUCCUUCUCUCUUUCUUUCUCUCGGAGGACCUGGGCCCUGGACCAUGCGUCGGGACUGCCGCCCGUGGUGACUCCUUGCUGUCCCCAGUCCGCCUGGCCUUGCUGCUAUUCCAGUUUCAGCUGUUCUGCCUGCGGUUAUGGAACCGCCACCUGUCCCAGACCUGUUGUUUUUCAACUCUUAAUGAUCAGCUAUGAAAAGCCAACUGAAAAUUAUUCAUGAUUAUUAUUUGACCAUGCUUGUCACUUAUGAACAUUUUUGAACAUCUUGGCAUAGUUCUGUUAUAAUCUCCACCCGGCACAGCCAGAAGAGGACUGGCCACCCCUCAUAGCCUGGUUUCUCUCUAGGUUUCUUCCUAGGUUUUGGCCUUUCUAGGGAGUUUUUCCUAGCCACCGUGCUUCUACACCUGCAUUCUAGCUGUUUGGGGUUUUAGGCUGGGUUUCUGUACAGCACUUCGAGAUAUUAUCUGAUGUACGAAGGGCUAUAUAAAAUAAAAUUGAUUGAUUUGAUAAAUUUUAGAAUAAGGCUAUAAAGUAACAAAAUAUGGAAAAAGUGAAGGGGUCUGAAUACUUUCUGAAUUCACUGUAUAUAGGGGUGUUUACAGUUGAAGUGAUUCUGAAGGGGAAUUGUGGCUGUAUGCUGGCAAUGUUAUGAAGGGAAAUGUAACUUCUAGCAUUUGUCUGAACCUAGGGUAGAAUCCUGGUGGGGAGGAUGUACAAGAGAUAGAUCUGGAUCCACUGGGUGUUGGGGAUGAGGUACUGGAGCCCUAACCCCAGUUCUGACAGAAAAUCUGGUGAAUGACUUGGAACCUCAGGAAGCUGAGGGUGGCCCUAUUGGAGCCUUAACCCCAGUUUUUGCAGGGGAACGCCAGUUUAGGGGAAGGCUGAAGAGAGCCUAUCAGGAGAUGAGUGAAGGGCUAGGAUGGAGGCCGGUGAGCUAGCGGCCCUUUCAGUUAAAAUUGCAGAGGUGAUGGAAGUCUUGAAGGAACUCCUGGCCUAUAAGCAAAUAAGGGCUAUUACUGACCUAGAAACUGAGACUCAUUUGGAGGGAGAAACGGAUGUUGAAUUGUGGGAGAUACUGAAUCUUUAUGACUAGUCAGGGGAAGGUGUAAGUCAGGUGAGGAUGACAUUUUGAGUCUGCCCAGGGUGGGGUGAAGGUUUUGUUUUGAUUGAUUUGUGUUGCUUAGACUGGCUAUAAAUACAAAUAAUGAGUGAAAAUUAUGGAAAAAAAUGUAUUGACAAUGCUUGUGUAUGUGUACUGGAUUUUUUCAUGGAGAAUGUGGCCAAUGUGGGAUCAGGCAGAUGGAAAUUGGGACAAUAAGGCUGACAGAAGACAAGGCCUAUUGCACCAGAUGCCUAGAGACCUAUGAAAAUCCCUGCGAACCACCAAUAAAGAAGAUGAUUGCGCUGACGACUCCCGACCCGGGGACCUAUCAACAGGGGAUAUUCAUAAGUACAACAGGCGCAGAUAGAGGGUUUUGUCUUAGGAAAACCAAGUGUUCAGGGUAAGGGAUAUGCUCAGCCUAAUCUGCCUAAUCCAAGCCAAUUUGGCUACGUACACCCUGUGAGUGUACUUACUUGGGGCACACCCUAUCAUGUUAAAGUACGUACAGUCCAUGAUGAGACCGGAAGUGGUAUAUAUUAAUAACCCCAAUAAAAAGUUUGUUUACAAUGUAAGGGUAAGAAUCCAAGCCUAGAAAGACUAAAGGAGCCACAGGUCAAGGAGGGAGUGUCGCAAAUGAGCCUGGUCAAUAUGACCUGAUGAGUCCUCCAGCCCGCAGUCAGGACUCUGGUAACACUGAAACAAGGAAGAAUAAGAAGGACAAGAAGAACACCCAACCACAAGCAGCUAGAGAGCAGCAUAAACGCAGGGAGGUGAUGGGUGCAAGUAGACUGUAUGAAGAUGUUCCUCUGCUGGAGGGAGGUGGUUCAUCUUAUAUGGCAACACCCCUGUCGAACUCAGGCCCUGGGAUAGAGCUGGUGGUGCUGCCGAAUGGCACAUGGGCCAUGAACAGAUGACACCGUGGAUUGCUGUAACAUAUGAAGGAAACAAUGUGUUACAAAAAUCUGUGUAGAUAUCACGUGUAAAGGAGACAAUGUGUUAUGUAACUUUGCUUAAAUGUCAUGUGCAAGGGGGAGGAUGUGUUGUGUGGCUGUAGUCAAGGGCUUGGACAAAAUGUAUAAAUACCAAUGUAAAAGAUAGGGAAAGAGCAGAAGCUGAUUGAUGUAUUAGAAGAGUGAAGACUUUGGGGCGAGCAUAGUGCUUCAUUACUAUUGUUAGAAGCAACUGUGGAGUGCAAUUGCUAUAAAAAAAAUCGAUAAAAUCCAUCAGCUGUAAAGCUGGGGAACCAAAAAGA